UCACAUGCUUCUCAAGCUGGAUCACCUGACAUCAUCCAGCUUCUCCUUUUGAUGCUGUGUCUCCUCCAUCGACUCAUAGUGAUUCUUCAAACAGUAUUAUUUCGUUCGCUUAACUUUUCUGGCUUCAAAUUGUAUAUUUGAGCCGAGGAUAUCUCUCUGAUCCUGCAGGUUGAAGCACCGGGUAGAUGCUGCUAGAGUGCAUGAUGAACGGACACGCUAUUCUGUAUACGGGGGUCACUGUGGCCUUCUGGAGCACCAUACUAAUCGUCGGUACCUGCUAUACCAUAUUUGACCUUGGAUUCCGCUUUGAUGUGGCAUGGUUCCUCACAGAGACUUCUCCUUUCAUGUGGGCCAAUCUGGGCAUUGGCUUGGCCAUCUCUCUGUCUGUGGUGGGAGCAGCCUGGGGGAUCUACAUCACCGGCUCAAGCAUCAUUGGUGGUGGUGUCAAGGCUCCACGAAUUAAAACCAAGAAUUUGGUCAGCAUCAUCUUCUGUGAAGCUGUAGCAAUCUAUGGGAUCAUCAUGGCAAUUGUAAUCAGCAACAUGGCGGAGAGCUUCAGCGGAACAACUCCUGAGACCAUUGGGGCAAGGAACUACCAGGCUGGUUACUCUAUGUUCGGAGCCGGUCUGACUGUGGGCUUCUCCAACCUCUUCUGUGGCAUCUGUGUUGGCAUCGUGGGCAGCGGAGCAGCGCUGGCUGACGCCCAGAACGGCAGCCUCUUUGUGAAGAUCCUCAUUGUGGAAAUCUUUGGCAGUGCAAUUGGCCUGUUUGGUGUCAUUGUAGCCAUUCUGCAGACAUCGAAAGUAAAGAUGGGUGACUAGAGGAUGCACUCCCACGCUGAGAAGAUGAAAUGACACUGCUGGAAAAUAAGAUGGAUUAUUGUGUAAAUACAUCGUAAAUUAUUUAAAUGUCUCUAUUUUGCCUGGUAUUGUUUUUAACCAUCAUUUAUGCAAGAGUGGUACGUCCACAACCGACUGUCUCGUCUUGAGAGAAACAUCAAUGUUGAAUAGGAAAAGUGAAGGAGAAAAUCUCGAGAUGCCAGUGUACAUUUUUCUGUGCACUUCUUGAUGUAAAUGAGUCCCUGUAUCCCUCCUUCAGUUCAGCUUGAUGAGUAGAUCUUACAUCCACUAACAUCAGCCUGUCUGUAGACCUGACCGCUGUAAAUACAACUUGCAGCCUUAUUAUAUUGAAGUUGGGGCAUUUUCCUGACAUCCUUUAUCUCGGACCACUCUUAGAUGAAUAAUGAGUUAAAAAUGACACCAGCGUAUUUGAAAAUAUGUGUGUGUGUGCGUGUGUGUAUGCUGGACAUGUGAUCUUUCAUUUUUUCCUGUGAAGCAUGAGGGUGUUUACCAUUGUGUGUAUAUUACUGUAGCCUGGUUUGUCCUUUUUGUUCUGUUUUUCUAACUGUUCUUUGGUAAUAAUAAGCAAGUGGUCCUUAAUCUACACAGUGGCCCAAAUACAGUAUUUGUCAGGUCUCGCUGUAGAAGUGACAGAAUCGGAAGUUUUGAAUUGGAGUUCUGAUCUGAAUUCUUUAGUAUGGUCACUGAAGAAUGCUCCAAGAGAGGCUUAAUAUAGUAAGAUGACAGCCAAGCCGCCGCCCUGCUCUAAAUAUGUCAUCCUGUCAGUCAGUUCCCCAAAAUGUUUUGGAGCUUAGAUGUCUUCAUUUGGAUCCAUGAGUCUCCUGAACAUAUCUGGGUGCUAUAACUUCCUUGUUCCCCAGAGUGUGCUAGUUUUGAUAAGGUUCCUUUUUCUGUCAUUUUUAAAAGGAUGAAUUAGAAAUAAACUUUACUUAGGGGAAGGUAACUAAACAAAAAUUGCCAUCUGAGUCUCAUGUCCCGAUUCAACUUCUAUUAUCUUAGCCAGCAAAGAGGAAUUCAUUUUAGAGAGGACCACCAGUUUACUCGAGUUCUUCAGAGGACAUGUUUUGUACAGAAAGCUUCUCUGACUUUGAUUUUCUCAGGAGGUCUGGCACCCAAAGCUAUGGAGGCAAAAUAAACUUUACAUCUACAGAUUUGUAGGUAUACUUAUUUCACACAGAAAUUGCAUUCUACAAACCUUCACACUUGUUUAUUUGUAUUGAAAGGUCUUGUUUUGUCUUUUCUUAAAAUGUCUGUUCUAGUCCGUGUUCCCAAAUCAUACAUUCCUUAUUAAAGUGGCUUAAUUUGUGCAAAGCUGAGUCUUGCUUGGGAGUACAAUGCAAUUUGAAUUACCAAAUAAGAACCAUGCUGCAUCACAACUAAGCCAUCAAUACAUCUGUCACUGAAGUUCUCAUGUACAUCACGCAAGCUGUGCAGUGUUAAGCUGUUUCCCAUUGACUUGUAAAAAAGGGUUCUCGUUAGGUAACACUUCAUUUUCUUGAUGCAUCAUUCCAUUCAGAUAGAUGACAGACUGUGGAUUAUUGGAAAUGGUCUCAAAUCUUUCCUGUAAUUAUCCCCCUCUGAAUCCCAACGUUGGGAAACUGGAUUGUCUCAUAUCUUGGCCUGCCCUCCCAAAGGCGUCAAAGCAGAAGGAUUGUCUUUGCCCUGAUGAUGGAUUUGAGAUGUUAGUAUAGCAUUCCUUUGGUGAACCAGGCCCUGUACCAACCCCCAGGCUUUCAGUGAGUGUAGUUGGUACCGUGUGUGCAUUAUGUUGAUGUGAUGGUGAGCAGAAAAUAAAGUCAUUGUUUUUGACAUUGUGUAUGAUAACAAAAGAACAGAUCUUCCUUCUGGCUUCAUAAAUGUCACUGAGAAAAUAAAAUGGUCCAAUCAA